AUGAAUGCACAGUAUUCACUUUGCAGUGGUCACUCAAAUUCCAGUGGUAACUCAAACAACACGUCCGGAGAUAAUGACAUAAAUAAUAGCAGUGCAAAUAAUAAUGGAAGGCAUAAGAAAGGAGUACGAUUUGAAAAUGUGAAAAUCUACCUUUUCGAGAGAACACAGGGAUUUGAUGUUGUUCCGUCGUCUGGUGGCUUUGCACUUGGAAUGCAAAAGAAGCAUUUUGAUAUACGUGAAGUUGCACUCCACAGUAAAAUGGCCAAUGAUAACAUAACUAAGUCUCAAGAUAACAAAUUGCCUACAAAAAAUUUGGUUGAGCAAGUAUGCACGGUGUCAGCUAGACGUAAACGAAAGUAUUGUAAUGCUUUGGACGAAAACUCUGUAGUGACAAAGCGGCUAAGAAUUAGUGAUGGAUCAAUGGAUCAAACGAAGGCGAUUACAAACGACUACAAAUUAUCGAAAGAAAAAGCGACUGCAAAUGAAGAUAACGAAGAGUCAAAGAUAUCUGAAAGGACAUCUUCAACAGAUAUGCCAAAAUGUGUGACAAAAUAUAACGCAGAAGAAGAAGGCGAAAAAGAUAAUAUUUACAUAGUAAAGAAAUAUUUUCGUCCACUUAGUCGAAGAAUUAGAUUACUCAAAUUGAGACGUGCAGGGUUUAAAAAAUUUGUGAAGGAUGACCAAAUGAUCUGUAAUGUUAUACGAGAAAGUCGAAAACAAUGUGGUUGUUCAUGUGGUACCUUACCGUGUUCACCCGAGACUUGCGAGUGUUCUAGAAAUGGUAUCGAAUGCUUGGUAGAUCGACCUUCAUUCCCCUGUGCUUGUACAGCUGCAAGUUGCAAUAAUCCUUUUGGUCGUCGAGAAUUCGACGAAACACUUGUUCACGCACAUUUCCAUUCAACUAUUAUGCGUACACAAGCAGCUCAAAAACUUAUGCAACCAAAUACAGUUGAUAUAUAA